CUGUUCUGACAGGUUUCGUCGAUCCGGCUGCAGUGGCGGUGCAGAAAGUGUAAUGGCGGAAUCGUUGUGAUUCCGUUUCAGAGAGUAAACCGUGCUUAUUAGAAAAGGAAUAAAUCCAUCUUCCCUUCCUCCAGCCCUCUUCCUCUCCAUGGCGACGGUGGGAACCGAGCUGACCGGGAAGCGGUUGCUGUGCCUCUUCGGGGAUUCGGCCACUGGUGGUGCUCGGCCCGGGUCUGGGCCCAGCCAACAACAACCCCUCUCUCUCCGGGAUCGCGACUGGCAUGCUGGCCUCAUCCGGGCCGUCCUCUCAGGGCCCUCACUGACGGUGUAUGUUGAAUUUGAUGAUUCACGGUGGAAGAAGCAAGCCUGGGUGAAGGUUUAUGCUGAAGAUGUACUUGUUUUCCUUGUGGAGCACACUCUGGUGUGGGCCCCCAGGAAGGAACCGGUAGUCCUACAGGGAGGAAGGAUUAAUGCUAACCAGUGGCCUGCAUUGACCUAUAAGGCACUGGUAGAUAAAAUAGGGUUGGGCUCCAUUGUUCCAGUUGAAUUCUUUGGUGACAGGGUAAAGAAUUUUGCAACGGAUGGUACUGCCCUUCGAAUAUUUAAGGAGGAUUCUGACAGCCAGAAUCCCAUUGUUCAGGAUAAUCCAAAGCUCCAGGAAGCAAUGAAAUCUUGGAUAAAAGAGAAGAAAAUUCAAGAAAUCAUAAGAGGUCCAUACAAUUUGCAGGGGCACAAGGUGAAGAUCUACCAACCAGAUUCCACAGAAGAGUGGUUCCUUGCAGUUGUUGCACAUCAUGACCCAAGUUCACGCACCAUAGUGGUUACAACAGAACAGGAGCAGCUGAGAAAGACAAUUGAUCCUAUGCGGAUUUACGUUACACUUGUGGAUGAAACACUUCAGUCAGUGAAAGGGGAAACUGGGAUACUGCCUAAAAACUUUGGGACAAGUGAGAGUAAUGCAUCAAUGAUUGCUCAAAAGCAAGCUACCCAAAACUCCAGAAAUAGACGGAAGAAGGGGGCUGAGGGCAGUCCACCUUAUAGUCCAAGUAAAGGUGAUGAGAAUGAUAAAAAUAAAGAUAGUCGUAGAAGAAAAAAUGCAGCUGACGGAGAGAAUCAACCUGUACAAAAAAAAGUGAAAGACAAAGAAGAAUUGGAGCCUGACAACAGCAGUGUUUGUGCAUUGGGUGCUGGAGGCAAUGGCCCCAGUCUGCCAAAGAACGACAUCCCUGAUGUGGAACAAGGAAACUUUGACUCCAAGAGAAUUGGGGAUUUGUCUUGGGGAAAUGCUGACAGUGCUUCAGAUCGAUCGCGUUUUGUACCUCAGCCACAAGCAGGCUUGCGCUAUGCCACGUAUACCAAAGAGAAUGGCAGGACCUUAGUUGUCCAGGAUGAACCAAUACAUGGGAAGCCUUUUGUGCCAAUUGCUGCUGCUGGUGGUGCUGUAGCUAGGCUAAGUGGAGUGCAAUUUUCUAACGCAGAUUCUUUGAAUCCUCAGAGCAAAAAGAGUUUACCUACUACUGACUCUGGCAAAGCUUCUGAUGUACCGAUUGUGGAGCCUGCAAAUUUUGUCCAAGAUUCAACAAAUACAGAUAAGAAAGCUUUUAUGGGAACUGGAUUACCUGAACAUGGGAUGAAAGAAAACUUUGCUAUUAAUUCAUUAUCCCAACAACGGCCACAGAAUAUAACGCCUGAGUCCAAAAAUGAAAGUCCCUCGUGCACUCUGGUGAAUCCAAACAACUUCCCAACAUCUCAAGAUAGGUUGCAGUCCACUUUGCGGGUAUUCGACUCUCAUCAGUCUUUCACAAGCCCCAAUGAGGCACACAAUUUUGAUGGAAGUAAAAGCCUGCAGGCAUCCAGUUCAGCUGCACUUGGAUCAGAAAAUUCUUUGGGAAAUGCUUCAUUGGAGUCUUCAACAGGGCAACAGACAGUGGCAUGCAGUACUGCUAAGGGGGAACCGUUAAAAAAAUGGUUUGGAGAUCCAAACCAAACUCGAAAAGAAGGAGUUUCAACUGAAGAUGAAGCCAUUCAAAUAUCAGAUAAGAAUCAAAUUUUUCUGGAAGAGUCAAAAAGAAAUGGUAAUGAAGGAACAAAUGGAACAUUUGUCCAAGAGAACAAGUCCUUUGGAUUUGGGUUUAGCAGGAAUCUAGCAGAUUUACCUGGCAAUAAAGCUGGUAACAAGAUUGCCAUGGACAUGGGCAGCUUAUCGAAUAAUUUGUUUUUCCAGUGCAUGCCUCAGAACGUUCCACGGAGCAACUAUUUCACUGCAAUUUCUGAAAGCUUGUCAAAUGAUCCUCUCAGCUUCAAUUCCUUCAAAGUAGCUUCUAAUGCUUCUGGUCAGAAAAGUGCUCUGACACAGGCAGUUGGAACUCCUGUUGGAUUGAAACCUGGAAGUACACAUGGACAAGAUUCUGAGAGAAAAAAAACACUUGGAGCUUCUGAAGUCAUGCCAACUCUAACUCCAGCAUUUCCAAGAAGCAUCUCAAGCUUACAGUUUCUUCAGUCAGUUCAGCCACCAGAUCUUCUAAAGGAAGAAAUGCCUACCAUUGCAUCAGCAAAUCCAUUUCUUGGAUUUGCAGAUCUAAAGGGAAAUGGGGAUGCUUUGCCUACUAACAGGUCGCACACAAAUCUGUUCAAAAGUGAUACGACGCGGUCUACGGCUUCCACUCCAGCAUCAGUUAUCGUGAAACCUCCAUUAUUAACUAACUGGAAGAAAACUGAUAAAGAGGCAUCAGAUGUUGCUGGUAAUAAAACUGAACUUCCAAAGAUUUUUUCAUCCCCAUUUUCAUCUUCUACUCAAACAACAACGAUUUUAAGUACAGCUAGACCAGACUCUCCAGAAACACAGUUUGGUGCAACCAAUAUUGAGAUGCCAAUUUUGUCCACCAGUCCAACUGGGGAUCACAUUUCAGGUCUUCCAGUUCCUAUUUCUAGUUCUGUUACUCCAGAUAAUCAACAUCUGCGAGUUUUCUCAGACACGUCCCAUUCUGGAAAGCAACAGCAGGCUUCCUUUGGCUUUAAUCUGUCUGAUAAUGGUGUUGAUGGUCCAUUCAGUCAGCAAUCUCAUUUUGAUCAGAGGAAAUUUUCCUUGGAUGAGCGGAGCUUGGGUAUCAAGCAUGAGUCAGACUCUGCUUCUGACAGCGAUUUAUCAGACCUCAGUGAUUCUGAGAUGCAGAUGCGAUUGCAAUCAAAGACUGGUCUAAAAGGAUAUCUGUCUUAUGUUCAUGAAAGGAGGGAGCCAGAUGGUGAAGGGAAUAAAGAACAACUAGGCAAGGGAAGAGGCCGUGGAAGAGGGCGUCCCCGAGGAAGACCUCCAAAAAUUUCAGUGGAUCAGUCAGUUUUAAAGGACGUAUCCAAGGUGAGAAAGCUGAAGCAGUCUGGAGAGUCCUUCUUGCAAGAUGGAUCCUGUAUCAAUGUUGCUCCACAUCUUCACAAGUGCAGAGAAUGUCGUUUGGUGCGUUAUAGAAAGUUUAAAGAUCAUGAUGAAUCAACAGUGUCCUGUCGUUUCUUUCAUUUCAGAAAAUUAGCGUUUACAAGGACAGGUGUCCUACGUGUAGGAGGCUUUUUAAAUCCUAGACAGUGUGAUGCUGAAGCUCUGAGUCUUUGGAUUCCAUCACGUACGCCUGCUGAAGGCCUUGACCUGGAAACAUCCAAGUACAUCUUGGCAAAUGUUGGUGACCAAUUCUGUCAGCUGGUGAUGUCUGAGAAAGAAGCUAUGCUUCUGGUAGAACCACACCAGCAAUUGGCAUGGAAACGGGCAGUACGCGGUAUUCGAGAGAUGUGUGAUGCUUGUGAGACAACACUCUUUAACAUCCACUGGGUCUGUCGCAAAUGUGGUUUUGGUGUAUGCCUUGAUUGCUACAGGAUGAGGAAGAGUCGACCGCCGCAAGUGGAUGAUGACAGUCUUGAAGAUGAAGUUUUCUCUUGGCUGAAAUGUGCUAAGGGACAGACCCACGACCCUGCAAACCUAAUGCCAACACAAAUUAUUCCCAGCACUGCUCUAUAUGAUAUUGGAGACAUGGUCCAUGCAACAAGGGGAAAGUGGGGUAUCAAAGCAAAUUGCCCUUGUAUCACCAAGCAGCUCAAGCCUUUACCCAAGCCAGCACCACCAAAUGGAGUAUCACAGCUUUCAAGCAGUCUUCCAAAUCCUGCUCCUGCAGUUAUUUCAAAUGAAGUGUCUAUAAGUGGAGGCUCUGUGAUGUUACCUCAAUCAGAUGGCAUUUUACCAGAGGCGAAACCAGAGUCAGCAGACAUGCGUAACUGUGAAGCUGGAGAAGGCAAUAAUGUUAUCCUGGGUGAUAAUAAUUGCAAUAACAUGAGCUUUACAAGUGACAAUGAAGCAUUUUCCACCACAUCGACACUGAAGGAUGCAACACUGAGUUCAGCAGACACUACAUCUGCGUUGCACUGGUUGGCUGACCUGGCCACACAGAAAGCUAAGGAGGAGAAAAAAGAAAGCAGUAAUUCUUUGAGAUCUGUGCUGAGCCAAAGUCAAGACUCUAAGCCUCCCUUAGCUCUGGACUCAUUUAAUGCUUUGUCCAAGCCUCCCUCCAUUUUAGAACCCUUCAGCAGUCUUUUAUCUGGAGGCCCUUCAACAACCAAGACUGAAGGUUCAAGCCUGAGGGAUCUUCUAAAUUCUGCUCCAGGAAAAUUACAACGAAGUGCUGCUGAGACCAGCCUUCCAUUUCCAUCCGUUUUUACAUCUGUCCCAGCAAGCGAUAAGGGGAAGGGAGGGCUACCGAACUUCCUGGAUCACAUAAUUGCUUCAGUAGUAGAAAACAAAAUGUCCACGGACACAUCAAAGCGAAGUGGGAAUCCUACAGAAGCAAUGAAAGAGACCAAGAAACAAGGUGUAAUGGAAAUGAGUGUUCUAGACCCAAACACACAACACUGUUGGCUCUGUGAUGGUCGCCUUCUCUGCCUUCAAGACCCCAGCAACAAAAAUAACUGGAAGAUCUUCAGGGAAUGCUGGAAACAGGGCCAGCCUGUUUUAGUAUCUGGUGUACAUAAAAAGUUGAACGCAGCCCUUUGGAAACCAGAAGCUUUCAGCCAGGAGUUUGGAGACCAAGAAGUUGACCUAGUUAAUUGUAGAAAUUGUGCUAUCAUCUCAGAUGUGAAAGUUCGGGACUUUUGGGAUGGUUUUGAGAUAAUUUCAAAACGUUUAAAGUCUGAGGAAGGACAACCAAUGGUUUUGAAACUCAAAGAUUGGCCUCCUGGUGAAGAUUUUAGGGAUAUGAUGCCAACUAGGUUUGAUGACCUAAUGAACAACCUUCCUCUACCUGAAUACACAAAGAGAGAUGGGAGAUUAAAUCUGGCUUCAAGACUACCAAACUACUUUGUGCGACCUGACCUCGGACCAAAGAUGUACAAUGCCUAUGGGUUAAUAACAACAGAAGAUCGAAAAGUUGGAACGACAAAUCUCCAUCUAGAUGUGUCUGAUGCCGUUAAUGUGAUGGUGUAUGUUGGUAUUCCCAUAGGGGAGAACAACCAUGAGGAGGAUACAGAUAACAGUGGAGAAGCAGAGGUAAUGAAGACCAUAGAAGAAGGUGAUGUAGAUGAAGUGACAAAGAAAAGGAUCCACAAAAGCAAAGAGAAGGCAGGUGCACUCUGGCACAUCUAUGCAGCGAAAGAUGCAGAGAAGAUCAGAGAGCUGCUGAGAAAGGUGUCGGAAGAGCAAGGCCAAGAUAACCCACCUGAUCACGACCCUAUUCAUGACCAGAGUUGGUACUUAGACCAGGUCCUGCGGAAACGGCUAUAUGAGGAGUAUGGUGUGCAGGGCUGGGCCAUUGUACAGUUCCUGGGAGAUGCUGUUUUCAUCCCAGCUGGAGCACCUCACCAGGUACACAAUCUGUACAGUUGUAUCAAAGUGGCUGAAGACUUUGUAUCUCCAGAACAUGUCAAACACUGCUUCCGUCUUACUCAGGAAUUCAGGCAUCUGUCGAACACUCACACCAACCAUGAAGAUAAAUUACAGGUGAAGAACAUUAUCUAUCAUGCUGUGAAAGAUGCUGUUGGGACUUUGAAGGCUGAGGAACCCAGACUGGGCAAGUCAUAGAGGAACCUUGAAUGGAAAUCAGUGACUCAGAGGAACUGUUCUGUAACAUAUGCUCAUUAAGAAUUACAUGCAUUUAAAAAUGGAAAGGAUGUUUUGGUGGAAGAUAAAAUGUUCAAUAAAAAUUCACCACAUUAUCACAGUGAAACGUAGUAUCAGCUUUGCUGUUUCCUGCAGCAAGCUGUAGAAACAGAAGAUUUGGGAGAGUGUCACAUUGUAGUUAGUUUUGCACUGAGUUAGUGGUUAUAUUUAAACAAAAGGUCCCUUUCCCCUUACUUUAUCCAUAUUCAUACAAAGUACUGGGUUAAUGAGAAGUGAUCUUAUAGAAGUAGCAUAGCCCAUGGUUAUAACAUUCUCAUGUUCCCAGAAAGAAGAGUAAGUUUAAAGGGACAGCAAGACUUUUUGUUGGCUCACGUUAACUAUGGUCAAGUGAUCCCUGGUUUUAUUUAAGUUUAAUUUUCUUAAAGAUCUUUACAACAUUCCAGAGACUCGUUACCGAGCUGUUUCUGUGUAGUUUCUGGGCACUCAUAGUUACAGCCAGACCUUACUGGAAUCAAAACCAAACUGCUAAAUCAGGUGAAGCGAUACGAGUUAACAUGUUACAAUUUAUAAUUUGGAGUAAUACCUGCAUCACUCGUUAUCCAUUCCCGCCAGGCCCCAAUUGCAAACAGAGGUGGGAGGCAGAAUUGGAUUUCUGUUCAAGUCUGUGGAUGUUAAGGUUUUAGAAAUGUAAAACUGUCAGAAAUUAAUUUUGUUUUUCAUUUUCUAAGAUGGAUUUUUCUCUCAACUGCAGAUAUUUAUAAACAAGUUAUUUUACUAUAUAAAGAAGCAAUCACUUUCCAAAUAGAUCUUUUUGACUGACCUGCUGCAGUAUGUACCUUCACCUGGAAGCAUAGAUAAUGCUCCUUUUGAAGCAAACAAGAUUUCAAUGCCUCAUUUUCCUCUGUCAGUUUAUUAGCGAGGUGUACUCUUAAUGUUUCUGUCAGCAAGAUGUUGGGCCAUGUAGCCCAGAGAAUUGGGUCCUGUUGGCUCUAACGUGAGUUGAGUUCCCUUGUUAAAGUUGAAAUUUAGUUAAAUCAUCUGGAGAAAUGUCAGUUUCAUUGUCAAACAUUGGACAGUGAACUGGGUAGUAAGGAAGGAUUAAGUGCACGUAAUUUGAGGGUUUGUCAUGUGGAGAUCUUGAGUGACAAAACAAAAUCUCAAUACUAAACUGGAGUCAGCUGCUAUUAAAGUAAUACCUCUGAAUUGAUUUCUUUUUAACUGUUACCAACAUGUGGAGAAAUACUCAUGCAAUAUUGAUUUGAUUAAAACAUUUAAUAAGCUCUUCAAACUGUCAUGACCCCCUCAAAAAUUAUUUUUAGUAUCUUUCAACAUAGAAGGAAGCCAUUCAGCCCAUCAAGUCUAGUUUUUAGCAUUUUCCCACAAUCUCAUUCUUCCAUUGGUCUUCCCUGUAAACCAGUCUCUCCUGCAUGCCCAUCAAUUUUCCCCGAUUCCCCUACCUCCUAGACUAGGGGUAAUUUACAGUAACCAAUCAUAGUACCACCAUGUCUUUGUGAUAAGGAACGAAGCUAGUGCACCCAGAAAGCCAUGUAAUCAUAUAGGAAACAUACAAAUUCCACAUAGACUGGACUGGCAAUCAGUAUUGAACCCAGUCUCUUAAAUCUGCGAGGCAUCGGCACUAUUGCUACAGCAUCGUGCCACCCUCCUUAGUCCCUGAGCCUUUCGUUGUUUGGUAUCAGGGCAAAGAUAUCUAAACAUGCAUUCUGACCCUUACUGAACAAACUAUAAUCAGAAAAAAAUUGAAGCAGUCUAUCUCUCGUUGUUUCAUCUGAUUUCCAUUGCAGAUCAAAUGUUGAACUGUAAGGUAAUACUUGGUGGUUAAACUAGUCUUGGUUAAGCAGGACUUCCGUUUGUCCAGGUGUCUGAGAAGUAUUUCCAGUUUGUAAACUGGUCUGUUCCUUUACCAAUUAUCAAAGGUUCAGUAUUGCUAUUCUAAGUAGACAAAUCUUCAAGAGGACUAUUAAGAACUUCAUGCAUCUUGAUUAAUCCCUUGACUCUUGUGAUGGUAUUUAUCAAUGUUACGUUUCAUUAUGAAAUGAAGUUGGAAAUUAUUUUAUUCAGUCAUUCCGAUUUUUUUGUUUUUGGUAGAACAUUAUGAACCCUGAAAUCAGGGUGAUAACACUUAGUUGAUCGAGGGUGUGAACCAAUUGUUUUAUUCUGGAAAGUUUUGUUUUAGUGCAGUUUCCUUCAUGCACAUAUGUGAAUGAAAGUGUGGCUUGGAGCGUUUUGUUGAAUAGGACGGAAAUAUCUUCAACCCAGCAAGAACCAGGAUGAAGAAUGAUGAGGGAAGUGAGGCUCAGAGUGCAAAUCUGAUCACCCAGCCUAUCCAUAUAAUAAAGUAAAAUGAGUUUAAGCAUAGACAUCUCAAAUUUUUCAUUUUGAAUCUAGUUUACUGCAUUAUUUAUUAUGUUUGUGAUUGGAUUCCACUUGACAGGUUGCCAUUCUAAGAGUCAUGGAAAUAAUCAACACAUAUCUUGAGUUCCUCAACUUUCUCUUUAAAAAUAAAAAUUGUGAUAUUUUACUUCUCCCUGAGAAUUAUUCUUCACUUCUAUGUAGGAAUCCUCAACUUGAUAUUGGGACAUAUUAGCAGGACAUUGUAGGGAUAUAACUUCUACUUUUUGUAUUUUGUUGCCUGUAAACUCCAUCAAACGAGUUUUUCCUUUUCCUUGCGAUGAUGAUUUUUACCUUAAGCUCCACUCUUAAUGAAUUAAAUCAACUCUGGGUCAGUGAGGUUCAGCCGUGUAGUAAUAUUUUGCACUAUUUACAGCAUUGAAAGAAAAACACUGAAAAGUGUGCAGGGUGACAAAAAAUCAUAUUCAUUGGAGAAGGUUUACAGGUCUGCCACAUCUUCCAGCAUAUUUCACCACUUUUUAACUUCGUAGAGGGUAGGCGCAUAUGGCCAAGCCCUCUGCAGUCUUAAAACGUAACCAGAUCUCAAAGGAAAAAUGAGCACAAAAUGUGGACUUUACCCUUGAUGAUACCAAUUGUCAGCACAUGACAGACUUCCGGCUUUGGCAUUCGUUCAGAUUUGACAGUACCCACUUUUUUCCCCAAACAGACUGCUUUCAGGAUUCAGUAUUUAAAACCAAAACUGUCUCUAGAAGUGUGUAUUUUGUUUUUUCUUUGGGCAGGUACCAUAGUACCGUUCGUAAAUCUGAUGUUUUUGUUGAUAUGUAAGCUGUUGUGACUUUUUAAUAAAAGGAUAAAAUGAAGAAAAAAAAUACUGUCACAUAAUGUAGAAUACUUGUCUUCAUUUACUGCAAGCAUUUUGUGAAGGGCUGAUUUAGGUUUCAAUAUUCUUAUUAAAAUUUAAAGAAAA